AUGAAGCUGCUGCGGCGCGCGUGGCGACACCGGACAGCGCUGGGCCUGGGCGGCCUGGCACUGGGCGGUGUUGCGCUGCUCUACCUGGCACGGUGCGCCGCGCCUCCCGACCCCGCGCUCGCCGGCCCUGCCACACCGGCGCCCGUUGGCCCAGCGCGCGCUGCCGCCUUCCUGGCCGUGCUGGUGGCCAGCGCUCCACGGGUGGCCGAGUAG